UGGCUCAGCAGCGGGCAGCUACAGUUGCAAACGUGUAUUUUUUUCACCUCAGGAUCGGCCUCUAGCGAACAAAACUAAACCACCCGUAUCGAUAGGUGCCAUCGGCGAAGCUUGAGUGAGAAAUGGCUUCAGGUUGGGGGAUCACCGGAAACAAGGGGAGAUGCUACGAUUUCUGGAUUGACUUCAGUGAAUGCAUGUCUCGUUGCAGAGAGCCCAAGGACUGCGCUCUCCUCCGCGAAGAUUACCUUGAGUGCCUCCACCACUCCAAAGAGUUUCAAAGAAGAAACCGCAUUUACAAGGAGGAGCAGCGUAAGAUACGAGCAGCUGCUCGGAAGACCAAGGACGGUGAACAUGGCAUUGAUAGUCACCAUGCAUAACCAAUAAUUCGUCAUCUUUUGAAAUUCUAGUAAUAAAGAACAUGUGAAGGUGUAUUUUCCAUCCAUAUGAUAAUCGAACUGUGUUCAAGUUAUUCUGUUUUUGUUUAUUUCAGAAUGGAAAUGCAAAUGUGAGUCUUUUUAAUUUGUGCAAUGACAUGAAGUUCUGCACUUCAUAAGAUUGAUUUGCCGGAUAAA